AUGUCCAAUGAACUUGCUUGCAACCAUCGUUCGACCCCGGAAGAAGAUGCAAAGCAGGCAGUGUCGGGAGGGGAGCGAAGACUAAUAUCCGUGAGUUUACGCGGAGGUCCUGCCCUUCUACUGGACAGCAGGCCGUCCUUUCUUGACGACGUAGAAUGGGCGUGGUCGACGGUGAUGUCUCGCGCAUGCCCCGAGAUGGCAAGAUGGUCUGAGAGCGAACUGGCCGCGCGUGGGCUCAUGGGAGGCCGGAAGAAGAACGAGCUCAUCACGGUCGAGCUCAGAGUAGGGAGGAAGUUCGUCGUCGAGAGAGGGCUCAUUGUGCUCGAGCUCAUCGCAUACGAAGGACUCGAUGGUGAGAGCGAGCUUCUGCAAGGGGGCUGGGAUGCCAAGGGGAUAGUGGUCACAGAGAUGACGCCUAUCGCAGAUAGAAAGGUCGCCAUACGUCGUCCAUAA